ACGUCGUUUCACAACGGCAGAUAAAAUGAUUUAAAACUGAGGAGAGGCCAGUGGGUGAUCAGAAAUAGUUACGACACAGCAGAAACCCAAGGAAAGAUAAGCGCUUUCCGUGGACUUCCCCAAUCUUUCCUGUUUAUAGUUCUAGAAAAUAUCUCUACUGAGCCUAGCCCUGUUUCCAAAACAUGAAGAACUUCGGUGAGGGAGGCAGACCCAGCUGCCCCCGGGGAUUUGUAGACCCGGAUCAGGGAAACCGGGGGUAUCGGCCGGUUGAAGAUUAACUUUUUUUAUUCAGAUAUCCACGCUGGGCCGGUGAGAGCCGACAGGAAAAAGGCAAAGAGGUCAAACAGGAAGGGAUGGAUCCCUAGGCGGUUUGAAAGGGGGCCGAGGGCCGGCGGUUGGUGACCGGGAUGUUGGGACGGAGCUGAUUCCCGAAAAGAAAGCUGGCCAUGCCCGUCGUGGAGGGGGGCCCCGGCCUGAAUCCCAUGGAGGCCGCAAUCGUCAGCGGUCGCGACUGGAGCCCCCGGGGCUCGGCCGAGGGCCCGGGAAGCCUGGGGCAGGAGGAGCGGGACACCGACCAGGCCGACGCCGGCGACGACCUUCCCGGUCGACCCCCAGAUUCCCCCCGACGCCCAGGAGAUCGGGAAGGACGAGGCGACGGUCCGCCACAACCGCUGGAGAAGAGACAAAGUGACCGACGCAAAUCUAUAUCUGGAACAUCCGCCGGACACACGGAAAACUACCCGACAGACCUUUCCCUGAAGUUAAGGAUGGUGAGGCAGAAGGGAGGACUUCCAGACCCCAGGUUGCAAGCGGAGCUGAGGGGGAGACUCCGCCUCCUGGAGAAUGACAGCGGGGAGGUCACGGCCGUCUUCAAUGAAUUAUCAGCCAGAAUGUUAUCCAUUCACAGUGAUCAAGACUUAAUUGUGGUUACCUUUAAGACUUUCGAAGAAAUCUGGAAGUUUUCUACCUACUAUUCUCUUGGUUUUCUAAAUCACUGCAUGGAAAACGUGCUUUUGGAUCCAUCGUUCUGGCUGCUCUCCCACGAGGAAGACGGAGCCGACUUUGAGGAAGCUGGCAUCGAAGUGGAGAUCAACGAGGAAGCUUUAAAUCUCAUGUACAGAAGCCUCUUAAUCCAAGAAGGGUCAUUCUUUGUAUUGUGUCCCGACAACGAAAUAAGAGAGAUGAACGUCCCGGAGGGGGACAGGAAGUCUUGCCGCCGGUCGUCAGCGAUGUCAGUGGAAGAGGCAGGCGGAGGAGGGAUGCGGGGAAUGAGACCGACAGGGCCCAGCCUCGUCCCCGCCUCCGAAGCUUCUCCGGAGCCUCUGAUUCCGUUCCAUCAGUGGGUUUUGAAAAUGAACUCGGAGUUUACUGACCUCUCCAAGGCUGAACCGGCGAUCGACCUUCCAAUCGCGGUAGGCUCCACGCUGGCCGUCGCCAGCUACGAGAGCAGAGGGCCGGAAGAGCUCAGUUUCCAAAAUGGCGACAGGAUCGAGAUCAUCGGUUCCCUGCUAGCCUGCCUGCCCUGGUUUGUGGGAAGACACGAAGCCACCGGCCGCAUUGGUUUUGUAAAGACCGGCCUUGUGAAAGGCGACGCCCGUACUUUGGGAUUGGAAACUAUUUAUUUCCUGGAUGAGAAAGAGGAGUCCUUUUUCACUCCCACACAGUGUUUUUCUGAAGAUGAGGUGAUGCGGUUAUUGAAGAGGACGUCGACGAUGGAUGUCUGUACCGUGUAUUGUGUGGACAGAUUGGAAGAAAUGGAAUGCCAGAGGCUGGAAGAGUCAGAAGGUGCCGCCGUAUCCAGAAGUCCCGAGUUGAGCGACGUGAAGCGCUUGGUGGAGGAAGCCCUGGACUGUUGUCGAAGAGCCGCCCCCGGCCCCACAGAGGAGGCCGGCGCGGACCCCCCGCCGGACGGAGACGAGGCCCCGGCGGCCACCCAAGACCCCCGUUUCUGCGUGAGGUCCGGGGAGGGCGGAGACGACACGGAGGGGCUUCAUCCGCUGCUCCUGUUCCUCAAUCGCGAGGACUUCCAGCCCGGCUUCCGUCCCCUGUACGACUUCUCCUCCCCGUUCCCGGCCUCCGUGCUCCACGGCUACGCCGACGAGGAGGAGGCGGUCGCUUUCCUCACGGAGGCCAGGGGGACGGCCAAGAGAGCCAACCUGCCCAUGGCCCUGAGCCGCCUCUGCUUCCUCCUGGGGAGAGCGUGCCUCAAAAAACUCAAGCUUUCCCAAGCCCGCGUCUAUCUGGAGGAGGCCUUGGGAGCCCUGAGGGGGAACUUCGGCGACCGAUUCCUCGUGGCGGCGGUCUACGCCAACCUAGCCGCCAUCUACCUCAGACAGAAGAACCGGGAGAAAUGGGAGCCCGCGUGGGGGAAGGCGGCGGCCCUGCUGAUGGGAAUCCCGGGGGCCGCCUCCGGGGCCGCGGAAACGGCUUCGGACGUCCUGAGGCGGGCCCUGAAGGGAGCCGUCCGCGGACGCAGCCGGGCGGCGGAGGCCAGGGCCUGCUUUCUGCUGGCCAGGCACCACGUGGCCCUGAGGCAGCCGGAAGGCGCCCUGCCCUUCCUGGAGAGGCUGCAGGUCCUGAACGAGGCCUUGGGCCUGGGCGGAGGCCCGCUGGCCACCCGCUGCUACUUCCACCUGGGUGAGCUGUACGCGCUGAGGUGCCUGCCCCGCCUCACGCUCAGCUGCGUCGAGGUGGCUUCCUCGAGCGAGGCCCGCACCUUGGCCGACACGCUGAGGAGCGUCGGCCUGGUCCUCGAGCACACCCCGCGGGACUGCGGGCCGGGGGGUGACGGACGGGCCGCGCCCUCGCAGGCCGCGCGCUACCUCCGGAGAGCGCUCCGCGUGGCCUCGCGCGAAGGCCGCCGGCUCCGCGCCUCCAUCCACCUCAGCCUGGCGGGCCUCCACGCCGCCCACGGGAGAUACGGGCCGGCCGCGGCCUACGCGGCCGAGGCGGCCCGGCCGGACCCGGCCGCGCCCGCCGGGGCCGUCGUGGACCGUCUGGUCUCCCUGGCCUGGCUGUACCUCCUGCGCCGGGAGCCCGCCGCCGCCUCGGACGUGCUGGCCUCCGUCCUGGACUUCCCGGGCAGCGGCCGGAGGCAGGUCGGCGUCGCCAGCAACAUGAGGGCCCUGGCGCUGAAGAGGAUGAACCGGACCCGGCAGGCGGCCCGUGGCUACGCCCGAGCCCUGCGGGUGGCCCGGGAGCUGGGCCUGGCGAGGAACGAGGCGGUGGCCCUGGCCAACCUGGGGAGCCUCUGCCUCCAGGUGGACGCCCGCCGGCUGGCCGAGAGCUACUACGUGGCUGCGGUGAAGGUGUUCUCCGGCCUGCCGGGCCGUGGCCGGGAUUUCUCUCAGGUCCUCCUCCGCCUGGGGCACUAUUAUACCAGCGGGGCUCACCGGGACAAAGGAAAGUGUUACUACGAAUGGGCAUUUCUGGUGGCGCUGGAGUCGGAGGACUUUGAAGGCCAACUCCAAGCGCUCCGCCGCCUGUGCCACUUCUACAGUGUCCUGUCUCCCAACGAGGCCCAGUGUCUCAUCUACAACGAGUGUCAGCUGGCCCUGGCCCGGAGGACGUCCAAUAAGGAGCUGGAGGGGCAGCUAUUGGAGACCAUCAGUCAGCUCUAUCUCUCCUUAGGCACAGAAAGGGCUUACAAAUCGGCUCUUGAGUAUACCAAAAGAAGUCUGGGAAUAUUUAUAGACCUUCAGAAGAAGGAAAAGGAAGCAUACGCGUGGCUACAGGCUGGGAAGAUCUAUUACAUUUUGAGACAGAACGAAUUGGUAGAUCUGUACAUUCAGGUCGCACAAGAGGCCGCUCUGUACACGGGCGAUCCCGAGACGGGGGCACGGCUGUUUGAGGCGGCCGGCGACAUCUUCUUCAACGGCCCUUGGGAGAGAGAAAAGGCGGUGUCGUUCUACCGGGACAAGGCUCUCCCGCUGGUCAUCGGGAUCGGAGACAGAGAGGCCGAGCUGCGGCUUUGCAACAAACUGGUGGAACUGCUGUUUGCACUGAAGGCUCACGGGGAGUGCCUGGAAUUCGCCCAAAUGUCUCUUGCCCUCAGCGUGAACCUGGGCGACCGGCUGAACGAGCGGGUGGCUUAUCACAGGCUGGCGGCCGUCAACCACCGGCUGGGUCACAGCGAGCUGGCCGAGCACUUCUACCUCAAGGCGCUCUCCCUCUGCUCCUCCCCGCUGCAGUUCGACGAGGAAACGCUCUAUUACGUCAGGGUCUACCUCAUCCUGGGAGACAUCAUAUUCUACGACCUGAAGGACCCUUUCGACGCCGCUGGCUAUUACCACUUGGCCCUGGCGGCUGCCAUGGACUUGGGCGACAAGAAGGCCCAGCUGAAGCUCUACACCCGCCUGGCCAUCAUCUACCACAACUUCCUCGUCGAUCGGGAAAUGUCCCUCUUCUUCUAUCAGAAAGCCAGGGCCUUGGCCACGGAGCUAAACGUCAAACGGAUCAACCUGGCCCCCGAUCGGUGUCAGAGGGGCUCGGCCAAGACCAUUUCCAAAUCCCCCCGGUGAAACACUGGCCCCGUCGCCUCUUCUCCCCACCCCCUUCCCCCCACCAACACUCCCCAAGAUAUUUUUGCGUUUCACGCCGGAAAGGCUAUGGAGGCAGGUCAGUUCGGAUCCGUAGCUGAGAACGGUCACUUGAAAGAUGGUUUUGCUCUGGGAUUGGGCCUUAGCCGGCCAUCUCUUGGGCGGGGAUGGAAAGGGCGCGACAGCUGCUACGGCUCAUUAAAAUCUUUUCGAGUUCACGCUUUGACACGAUGAACAGGAAUCGGAUUCUUGACCCUCCGACGUGGUGGUUUUUGCAAAAUGUUAAAGCUUGGGGAAAUCAACCUCUGUUGAACAAAACUGACUUUACUCUGUCAUCUGGGUUGGAUUGGCUUUGUUUCCACCCUUUGUAUCAAGGUUUGUUGGGUGGUAUUUUGGAGGAGGGAGGGGGAAUAAAUGAGCAAUGUCCAA